UGAAGGCUUUCAGCUCCCAGAUGGAGGAGACAUGGAACAGGAACAUUGAGGAACUUGAGAACAGGCUGUUGCGUGAAAACGCUGCUGGGAUUAAGAAGCAGCUGCCAGUCCCUUUCACGUGCCUGUCCUGUGACCGCAUGCUCACCGUGCAGGUCCCUGGCCAGUACCCCGAGACACUCCCGUAUUUGCCGCCACUGCCCCCCAGCAAGGAGCCACCGCACAGCCAAAGGAGGCCGGUGGCCCAUGGCAGGUUCCCCCGUGUGCCACAGAGCUCUGGGGACCAUCAGAGCAGCAGCUCCAUGGUGCAGAACAUCAGGGCUUCCCUACAGAGAAGCAGUCAGCAACAGGCCUUCUUGACAGUCCAGAAAAAGCCCAAUGUGACCCAGCUGCUGGACAGUGAUGGACACAUCUCAAGGGGCCGUAAUGACCAGCAUCCUACAGCGAUCAGGACACAGGAUGCAUCAGGCCCUGCCGCCUCACGAGGGCCCCGGCCAAGCACAGCCCCCCGACACAUCUCAAGUGCACCAGGGCUCGUCCAGCCUCUCCAGCCCCUCCGGACAUCCACAGCCCCCAGCCAGCUGGAAAGGACUCAGCGCCCAGUGCUCGAUCUGGGACAUCUCGUCAGAAGCGAGAAACGCCUGUGACACUGCUGUGUGGAAACAUGAUGUUUUAGUUGUAUUUAGUUGUAGUAUUUAGUUGUAUUUAGUUGUAUUGUAAGUUAAUAAAACC